UUUCUUCGCCUUUCUGUACUGUAUCCUUUAUACCACCAACAUGGCACAUCCCCUGGUCAAGCACCUUGCGGCUAACGAAGAUGUGGUAUUCGCUACUAGUCUUCGUUUAGCCGAAAUCGAUGCCCUCAGCAAGACGCCUGCCGGGUACAUCCCGUCAUACAUGCUGACAGAGGAAUACCACGAAGAGCGCGCCAAGCACCACCAGGCUGCCGUCUUCUUCAUCCGCCAGAUGCGUGGUGAAGAGCAAACCGUUCCCGUGGUUAACCCGCCUGUUAUUACCAUCGACGACAGCGAUGAUGACGACGUAAAAGUGGAGAAGCCGAAGCCAACGUCCACCGCGCGGGUUGUUCGUGCGCGCGUCGGAUUGCCAUUACGAGCUCCACCUGCUCGUCCGUCGCAACCCGUAGUGCCCGCCAACCAGCCGCAGCCCAUUCCGACGGUUCCACUUCCGGCUCCGCUUGCUGAACCGCUAAUGGCUAUUUUGUCGGAAUCCGGCCCCGCUUCCUACUCUGCUCCACCACCAUUAGUUCCACCUGGCAUAACGCAGCCAGUGCCUGCCGCCCCCCUACCGCAUGUCCUAGCGGAACCGAUGUGGGGUGUCAUCGAGGAUGGCAAUCCGGGUAUGGUGUUGUGUAACGGGCUUCCAUCCUCAUCUCCAGUUUCCGAUGACGACAUGGGAAUUGUGGAAGAAUAUGGUAGCAUCGAUGAGUAUUUGGCUGAUCAACGUUUGGUUGAUCAUGUUCUGACUGAGGAAGAGUUGCUUGACCUUUUUGUUUAG